AUGGUCCUGAUAGAGCUGCUGGGCGGCUGCCUGGGCAGCCACGCGCUGCAGAUCAUGGCCGUCCUGUCCGAGGCCCUCAUGCACUGCGCCAGCGCGGAGGCCCAGCUGCAGGCGCUGGCGGCCUGGCUGGUGCUCGUCCGCGGCCUCGCCGCGCGCGCGCCGCAGCUGCUGGAGCGCGUCGCGGCGCAGGCGGCGGUGGUGCUGCUGCCGGUGCUGGAGGCGGCGGCCGCGCGGGCGGCGGCGCGGGGCGAGGCGGCGGAGGGGCAGCACGAGCAGCAGCAGCAGCAGGGCGAUGGGCGUGACGGCGCCGCGGCGCUGUCCCUGGCAGCCGCCGUGCUGGGGGAGAUGGUGGUGCGGCAGCGCCACCUGGUGCGGCGCGCGCUGCAGGCCAUGCCGCCGCUGCCAGAGGUGCCCGAGCUUGAGGAGAUCAACAGGGUGCUGGCGCAGGAGCACCAGAGCUCCGGCCCUGCAGGCAAGCUGGCGCUGCUCGUCCGCGCGCUGCGCCACGAGUCCCCCGGCGUGCGCCACGCCGCGCUCGGCGAGCUGCGCGCCUUCAUGACCCGCUGCCGCCGCUUUGUGCGCGGCCUCGCUGCAUCCGCGGGCGCCGCCGGCGGCGGCCCUGGCAAGGGAAGCGGCGGCGGCGCGGGCGGCGGCGGCGGUGAGGCGGGCGCGGGGCCGGCGCUGCUGGCGGACCUUAUGGCUGCGCUGCUGUCGAGCUGCGACAACGCGGCCCGGUCGCACCUCGGGCUCUCCAUGCGCCAGAGGUGCGCCGAGUGCCUGGGGCUGCUGGGAGCGGUGGACCCGGCGCGGCUGCGGCCGGCGCUGCAGUCGGGGGAGGUGGACCACCGGCUGCUGCACAGCGCCAAGGACUUCCUGGUGACGCUGGUGACGCGCCACCUGGUGCGUAUCCUGGAGACUUCCACGGACACCCAGCAGCUGGAGAUCACGGGCUACGCCAUCCAGCACCUUCUGCAGUACUACACAUCAGAACGCCUUGCAGCUGCCGCCGGCGUCGCCCCGCGCCCCGUAUCCCCGGCCGCCGCGCCGCUCGCGGGCCGCGCUGCACCGGCCGCCAAGGGCGCGGCCGCCGCUGCGGCGGCCCCCACGGCCGCCCCCGAGGCGCCCGCGGCGGUGGGGCCGUCAGCUGCGGCCUCGGCACAGGGCAGCCUGUUCUCAUUCCUGCCUGACGACAUCCAGCCGAUCGUGGCGCCCUACCUCACCACAAAAUUCACGCUGGGGGCGCCCAAGCCCAGCACGGACUCGCUGAGGGGUGGGACGGGCUUCGAGUCUUGGCGGGAAUACUGUGACUGA